UCAUGGCUGGUGAAGUUGGAAAAAUAUGGAUGGUGGGCCUUUUUUUCUUCUUGGUGUUGAACAUGUUGUAUGCGGUCUGGGCCGCACCCCAGGUUCCAUGCUACUUCAUUUUUGGUGACUCAUUGGUUGAUAACGGCAACAACAAUAGAAUGGCUUCGUUUGCUAGAGCAAAUUACCGGCCUUAUGGGAUUGACUUCCCUAAUGGCCCCACUGGAAGGUUUUGCAAUGGUCGCACCAUGACGGACAUCAUUGCUCAGCUCUUGGGUUUUGAUAAUUUCAUUCCGCCUUAUUCAAAUGCAAGAGCUCAAGAGCUUCUUGGCGGAGUAACUUACGCAUCAGCGGCCGCUGGUAUAAGAGAUGAAACUGGGCGGCAAUUGGGCAAUCGCAUCACUAUGAAUGGACAGCUACAAAAUUUUAAGGCCACAGUACAACAACUAGCAGAAAUAUUGGGUGAUGAAAAAGCCACGGCGGAUCACCUAAGCAAAUGCAUUUACUCCGUCGGUAUGGGUAGUAACGAUUAUCUUAACAACUAUUUCAUGCCUUUGUUUUACACAUCGAGCCGGCAAUACACGGUGGAGCAGUUUGCUGAUGCUCUAAUCAAACAAUAUUCACAGCAAUUACAGAGUUUAUACAAUUACGGGGCGAGGAAAGUGGCUGUGAUAGGAGUGGGACAAGUUGGCUGCAGCCCAUUUGAAAUUUCCAGGUUUAGCAUCAACGGCACGUCCUGUGUCGCCAGAAUCAACAAUGCGAUCCAGUUAUUCAAUGCUAGGCUUGUACCACUCAUCGAUGAUCUCAAUAACAAACUAGCUGGUGCGAGAUUUAUCUAUGUGAAUGCUUAUGGGAUAUUCGAUGACAUCUUGAGACGAGCUUCGUCUUAUGGUUUCACCGUUACGAAUGCAGGAUGCUGUGGGGUGGGAAGAAACAAUGCUCUAAUUACAUGUCUUCCUCUUCAAACGCCAUGCCCAAAUAGGGAGGAGUAUGUGUUUUGGGAUGCAUUUCAUCCGACGGAGGCCACAAAUGUGAUAAUUGGCAGGAGAUCUUACCGUGCUCUGUCUUCUUCAGACUCUUACCCUAUGGAUAUUCAAACUCUUGCUCAGCUUUGAAGAUGGCAAUGAUGGUGUUGGUAAUGGUUGUUGUUGUUGAUUGGUAGCUUCAUUUCGGUCUAUGUUACUAGGCAUUAUUGAAAUA